UCCCGGGGGUCCGCGGCCGCCCCUCCGCACGGCCGGGGCGGGCUGAGCCCGCCGGGAGGCGGCGGGAGCUGCGGGCAGCAGGAUGCCAUGGGGAACUGCUGGGCGCAGUGGUGCUGCGGGCUGUUCCUGCGGAGGGAUGCCGGCCGCAUCCAGCGCGGCGGAGGAUCCAAGUAUUUUAGAACGUGUUCAACAGGAGAACACUUCACUAUAGAGUUUGAGAACCUGGUGGAAAGUGAUGAGGGGGAGAGCCCAGGAAGCAGUCACAGGCCUCUGACUGAGGAAGAAAUUGCAGACCUGAAAGAGAGACACUACGACUCCAUUGCUGAGAAGCAGAGGGUUGUUGAUCUGAAGCUUCAGUCAGAGUUAGCCUUACAAGAGGAGAAGUUAAGACUAGAAGAGGAGGCUUUAUAUGCUGCACAACGUCAAGCAGCCAGGGCAGCAAAGCAGAAAAAGCUCUUGGAGCAACGUAGGCAGCACAGGAUAACACAGCAGAGAGCACAUGCUGUUAACAAUGGAGAGUUCCAGAGCUAUGUGGCAGAGGAGGACCUUGAUCCUUUCCUGAGGAACACAAAAUUCCAGUAUGAAGCUUUCCGAAGCAGCAGGCUUUCAUCUGAUGCCACGGUGCUGACACCCAACACGGAGAGCAGUUGUGACUUGAUGACCAAAACCAAAUCAGUGAGUGGGAACGAUGACAGCACCUCCUUGGAUUUAGAGUGGGAGGAUGAAGAAGGCAUGAACAGGAUGAUCCCGGUGCGGGAGCGCUCCAAGACAGAGGAGGACAUCCUGCGGGCGGCGCUGAAGUUCAACAGCAGGAAGCCAGGGAGCCACCCGGCCUCAGCCUCCGAUGAUUCCAACGGGCUGGAGUGGGAGAACGACUUCGUCAGCGCCGCCGCCGCCCUGGACGACAACGGCAACUCCGAGUACGCCGGCUUCGUCAACCCCGUGCUGGAACUGUCGGCCUCGGACGUCAGGCUGGCGGAGUGCGAGCGCCAGGACAGAUAGUGACCAUCCCUGCCUGUCCCCAGACGCUGGAAAGGGAAGUGGAACCCGCGAGGCUCCUCUGCUUCUUUGGAACCCGCUGCCCUUUUUCUGACGGGCGAGCGGCUCGCUGUCUGAAUUCAGAACUAAGUGCAAUUUUAUCAUCUACCUUCUCCACUUUUGUGAAAACUGUUGUGUAUAUUUCUGGGUAUCUGGAUUUAAUAUAAAAUUAUCUGCACUAAAUUGGAGCUUGGUAGCUUUGACUUAUCUGUAUGUUAACUUGCCUUUUUUCUUCUGGAUGAUGUCUUUAUUGAUUUUGUUUUAAAAUUGAUCAUUGGCCUAAUAUAUAUCUCAGAAACAGUCCUCUAUAAUUUAAUACAGCCCUCCUUAAUUUAAUACUUGAAGAUAGAGAAAUAAUUUUUAAAAAUUUCUAUUUCUGUGCUUUUUGACUUGCUCUUCAGCUUUUUAGAGGGUGAAAAAGCAAGAGCUGCAAAACAAAUCUGAGACAUGGCAAAUUUUCAGAUUUUCCCCUGUCUCGCUUAAAGCCUUCCUAGUCUUCUGUUGUCAGUUUCCCAUUUGUUUUAUUUUUUUACUUACUUUAUGCCAAGCACGGUUAACCUCAAUGAACACAGUAGAACUCAUCAGGUUAGGUAAGGUACCGCCUUGUAUAAUAUAUGCCAGACUUAGUAAGCGUGUGCUAGAUAGAAAAGCAAAACCUAAAUAUAAAUUCUCUUUAUGUGUCAAUAAAAUGGGAAUUUUAACCAGUGGAGAACUGGGAGGACCAAAGUCUUGUUUUCCCAGCCCCCCUGAACAGACCAACCUCUGUUGCUCCAUGGUCUUUAAAAUUCUUCAGUUGUGGAAAAUUUAUAAUUCCACUGGACCAGAACAGUUAUGGAAGAGCAACGUCCCAUGAGCAAACUGGGGGAGGGAUGAUGGCUCUGCUCCCAGCGGGGAGGGAAGAACAAGACCCUAAAGACUGAAUUUCUACACCUGCAUUUUGAAAAGAAAGAAGAAAAAUUCAUGUUUUAACAGUGUGUUCAAGUGCUCUGCCUUUCCUGUGCCUCUGAAGUGGAUGGUUAAUCCUGCUAAUAUGGGCUGAAAUCCCAGGAGGUGUUCAGUGACUGCACCACUGCUGUCCUGUGCUGUGUGGUCUCCCCCUGGUAUUCCAUGUCAAUCUUACUUUUUAACUAAAGAGAACCUGCAAAGUACUUGCAGGUCUCAAGCUCUCCCCAAAGUUUCAAAGUAAAGCCAUUCUACUCUGCCAUUA